AUGGUGACGUGGCACCCUCGUCUCGUUUAAACGGAUCAAAAUCCAACUCCUCCUGCCUCCAUUCCAUUCCCAAUUGCCCUCUGCCAAACCCAAACUCCAAAAUAACCAACUUUCUCCCGCACGCACUAACGAACCAAACUGCUACAACUGCUCUAGCCAAUAAACAUGAAGAUGGUAGAUAACAAGGACCCUGCAAUUACUCUCUUUGGGAAGAAGAUUCCCUUUCCCGGUGAAGCUGCUCUCAAUGCCGCGGAAUUAGAGGAUGAUGAGGUGGACAAACAAGUAGGACACAAGGAUGGUGGAGCUGAUGAAGUUACUGAGAAAAAGAAAGAGGCUGAUCCUUCUCGAAAUGGAAAUGCAGAGAUCAAUAAAAGAAAGGAUUGGAGUGUUCAGAACCCAAAAACACCAUCCAUAGAGGAAGAAAGUGCAAAAAUAAAGAAGGAGCAAAGCGAUGCAGAGCAAGAGAAGGCAGUGAAGAAGCCGGAUAAAGUGCUUCCAUGUCCGCGCUGCAAAAGCAUGGACACCAAGUUCUGCUACUACAACAACUACAACGUCAACCAGCCGCGCUACUUCUGCAAGGCGUGCCAAAGAUACUGGACUGCAGGCGGCGCCAUGAGGAACGUGCCAGUUGGGGCAGGCAGGAGAAAGAACAAGAACAGCGCCAGCGCCUCCCACUAUCGCCACAUCACCAUCUCUGAUGGGACCUUGAAAUCCAGUGGCAGAGUCCUCAGCUUUGGAUUGGAUACACCACCACCACCCAUAUGUGAUUCCAUGGCGUCUGUCCUCAACGGUUUUCAUGGAAUUGAGGAUCAAAGUGGAGAAAAUGGCGAUGACUGCUCGAGUGGAUCUUCCAUUACCAUGGAGGAAACAGGAAAAACCGCAUCCCAAGAGCCUUUAGCACAAAGCCCUCCCCAAGUCCCAUGCAUUCCUAGUGUUCCUUGGCCUUAUCCCUGGAAUUCUGCUCUGUGUCCUCCUGGAUUUCCCAUUUCAUUCUACCCGGCUCCUUUUUGGAAUUGGAAUGUUCCGUGGUUCCCCUCACAUCCAUCUACUCUAGGGAAGCACUCCAGGGAUGAUGCUGAUGAUGACACGGUCAAGCAAGACUAUAGGCAAAAGGAAGAACCUCCAAGGCAGAGAAAUGGGUGUGUUUUGGUUCCCAAAACUUUAAGAAUUGAUGAUCCAAGUGAAGCUGCAAAGAGUUCUAUAUGGGCAACUCUAGGAAUCAAGAAUGAAUGUGUCAUUGGGGGUGGAAUGUUUAAGGCUUUCCAAUCAAACAAGGAAGAGAAGAAUAAAGUGGUUGAAACCUCGCCAGUGUUGCUGGCUAACCCUGCAGCCUUGUCUAGAUCCCUUCAUUUUCAUGAGAACUCAUGAAUUAGCAAUCCUUUGAGAUGCUUAUCUUGUACAGUGCCUGACGAUAGAGGCGGUGACCAUCUUUCAGCUCUGAGCAUUCAUUAGAUUGGACUGUCAAGGGAAAGUUGGUAGUCUCUGAUUUCCUCAGUGCAAGUGGAGGGAGCAGGAGUUUUUGUUUUCCCUUUUCAUGUGCCACUAUGACCAGCUUCCCGCCUUUCUUUUUUAUGUGCCUAGUUUUCUGUGCUUGAGUUAAUGUACAUAUUACAUAAAGAUAUAUGUGUGUGUGUGUGUGUGUGAAAUUACUGGCUAGAGAUAGAAAAAGAUCUUUGCUAUGUAUAAAAAUCAAGAGGCAAUGUGUUUUUCUUAUGCAAA